GUAGUAAUGGUAAUGGGAAAUAUCAUCAUCAGCAUUCUUCUUCGAGCGCUGCUACAACGACCACGACGACGAUGACGAUAGGAGGAGGGGAUUCGAGAGGGAGGGAAAGUUAUGGGAGUGGGAGGGGGGUGGAAAGUGGAUAUACUAAUCCUAAUCAAUAUAAUCCUAAUCAAUAUAAUACUAAUACUAAUAAUAAUAAAGCUCUUCGAGGAGGAGGUGGAGGUGGAGGUGGAGGUGGAGGGACAUAUUACAAAUCCCUCAGAGAUGGUGGAGAUGAAGACAGAGAUGGAGAUGAAGAGGAGGAGGAAGAUUUACUGAAUAGUUAUGAACCGAGUUUCGUCGGAGUGAUUUUGAAUCCGAGGAGGAGUUUGAGGGUGAUUAAUCGGGAUUGAAAAACAAAAAAGAAAUUGUGAAC